AUGGCUUUGGAGCUAUCUCCAGGAACAGUACGCAACAACCAUGACUCGUUCCUGAAUAACGCUGACAAGAAUAUGAUUGUCAGCAACGACACCACUGCAUUUAUGUAUUCCAUGGACAAAAAGCCCGAGCUGGACCUCCAUCUUGCACAUUCUCAUCGCGGUCGCGAAGUCUCCGCGUACCUCUCCUACGUGAUCGACUAUUAUGACAACCUACCCCCAUAUUCAAUUUUCAUCCACGCAGGCGCGCAACAACGACACAAUGAUUUAUUCGGGCCUGAUACAAGUGUCAUACUGCAAAACUUACGCCAUGAAGCUAUAGAAGCUAAGGGAUAUUUGAAUCUGCGUUGCAUGCACAGCCCAGGUUGUCCGACGCAUGUUGCGCCAAACCAUCCCUCCCAAGCCGAUAUCGAAGCUGGCGAUGCCCGUGCACACUUUGCGCAAAUAUAUCGGGAGCUCUUUGGAAUGAAAGUCGUAGUUCCGGAUUAUAUUGGAGCUCCGUGUUGUGCCCAGUUCGCGGUCAGUCGCAAACAGAUCCAGCAACGGCCGAAGAGCGAGUAUGUUCAUAUGAUGAACUGGGUGGACGGGGCAAGUGCGCAGUUGAUAGAUAGUUAUGCCGUUGGAUGGGUUUUUGAAAGCUUAUGGCAUGUGGUCUUUGGCAUGGAUGCAAUUGAGUAA